AUGGCUUUUUCGUUGAGCGUAGGAAUGCUGUUGUUCGGUGAUGCUGACCUGCUGAUCAGUCUCGGUGAGAAAACCGCUCUCAUCGAACACAUGAUCAAAAACGACCACAAUUUUGAUCUCACCAAAGCUAAGAUCAUUGAUAAAACCUAUCGAUCGACGGCUCUACCAAUACUUGAAAUGUGCCACAUCUCAAACACCGCCAACACCGUCAACCAUCGCACCGAUGUAGAUGGUCUCAACACUACCUACGCCGGCAUCCUACACACACUGAAAACGACCAGCACUCGAAGGAAUAGAAACACAGAAACCAGUGAUGACAGUUGUUUUGGCUCACAAUUGAUAUCAAUCCCUCCAUACGCAAUCAGUGGGUCACCAUCUUCAAACCAGACGUUGGACCACUUCCACAAAAUCGUCAUCUCCACAACCAUUUCGGCCAGUGCAAAAACACCCAACCUCCCACCGUUGGCAAUCAGCGACUACGACAAAAACGACACGAUUAAAAGUUUGAAACACGAGCUCAGCAAAAUACAGUUGCGUCUCACAAACGCCACGAACAACGACAUCGCAACACGAUUCAUAACAACACAAAACCAGUCGUUUGAGAGUCGCAAGGAAUCAUUAAAACACAAAUCCACCGCUAAAAUCAACUUGCUGAUCACCAGGUCAGCAUCACCGAACAACAGCAUUCCUACGCUCAACGAAAAAGCCAUAUUUAACGCUACCACCGUAACAGUUCCACCAGACACCUUGGCUCUGCUAAGUCUGGGACCAAAAUUUUCGCUGCCAGUCACAAACAUCAAACAAAUUCCAUUCUAUCAUUUACUCGCCGAUGUUGAAGCCAUCCUACACGUUUCUCCAGACCAAGCCGUACAAGAUCGGAACAGAUGCCAAGUGGCAACGCAAAUCCAAAACUACAUCUCUAAAGCAAAACACAACGAAUACAAAUCCCCGCUCCACGAUUUCUGCAAACAUGCAACGACCACAACUGCAAAAUUUCUCACUGAACACCAAGACAUCUGUAUCCUCGAGGCCGACAAAGGUAAUAGAACGGUCAUAAUGUAUAAAAAAGAAUAUGACAACAAAAUGUAUGCGUUAUUGAAUGAACCAGCAUACCAAACGGUAUCCAAAGACCCCACACCUUCCGUCCAAAGACAGAACAACUCGCUCAUUACCAGAUUGCUCAAUCUCAAGCUCAUCGACACUAAAACAUCUAUGCGCCUAAAAUCAAAUACAGCUGUAUGCCCACGCAUAUACGGACAACCCAAAGCGCACAAACCCAACUUGCCACUGCGCCCGGUGGUCCCCAAUAUCACAGCACCGACAUAUCAACUUGCCAAGUUCAUAGGCAGUAUACUAAAAUCAUCAUUCCACAGUGAGUACAACACACCCGACAGUUUCCAGUUCACCGAGUAUAUACAACAGGUCACCCUUCCACCUGACUAUGUCCUAGUGUCGUUUGAUGUGGUCUCUCUGUACACAAACAUACCAACAGAGCUGGUCACCCAUGAUAUCAUCAUGGACUGGCGUAACAUUAAAGUUCACACCAACAUUAAUUUGGAUUUGUUUCUCGAGCUAGUCGAGUUUUGUAUUAAAAGCAGUUACUUCAGAUUCCGGGAAAAACACUACAAGCAAACGUUCGGCACUGCCAUGGGCAGCCCCCUAUCGCCCAUUCUAGCUGAUAUUAUUAUGGAAAACUUACUACAAACUUCAAUCAAACGACUUCCAUUCACCAUUCCGGUAAUCCGCAAAUAUGUUGACGAUCUAUUCUUGGCGCUCCCCAAAGACAAAGUACAACAAACUCUGGAUACUUUUAACGCAUACAAUCAACAUCUACAGUUUACAAAAGAAGAGGAGAUCGACAACAAACUUCCGUUCUUAGACACAGUAGUAACUCGACAUUCAGACCAAACACUAUCUACACGCUGGUACGCAAAACCGAUAGCAUCAGGCCGUCUUCUGAACUACCAUUCUUUCCACCCGCUAUCGAUGAAAAUGAACGUCGCUCAACAAUUCAUUAAAAGAGUGACUGGUCUCACCACGGAUAACUGCCCUAACUUGCAGCAAAAUAUAAUUUUUCAACAUCUCCGUAGGAACAAUUACCCAUCAUCACUCAUCAACAGACUUAUAUCCCGCAAUGCAAAAAUAUUCUGCCCCUCCAAUAACUCUCAACAACCGGAUAAAAAUAAAAAUGCAUCUAACACAAGAGAUCCUCCCAACGAUAGCAGUCCGUCCACCGACCAGGUUUACAGAUCACUGCCAUACGUACCAUCACUCAGCACAUCUAUAGUAAGCAUUCUAAAAUCCGAUUACCCAAAUGUUAAAAUAGCAUCAAAACCAAUCAGCACCACAUCCAAACUAAUGCUGAACGUCAAAGACCCCGUAGAUCCUCUGUUGCAAUCUAAUGUCAUCUACAGUCUGCCUUGUGGGAACUGCCCAAUGUACUACAUAGGAAUGACACGGAAUCAGCUCAAAACAAGACUGUACGGCCACAAAACCAACAUAAACCAGUAUGUACGAUUAAAAACCGACGGCGCAAUCACCACCGACGAACAGCUGAUCAGUCUCGGUGAGAAAACCGCUCUCAUCGAACACAUGAUCAAAAACGACCACAAUUUUGAUCUCACCAAAGCUAAGAUCAUUGAUAAAACCUAUCGAUCGACGGCUCUACCAAUACUUGAAAUGUGCCACAUCUCAAACACCGCCAACACCGUCAACCAUCGCACCGAUGUAGAUGGUCUCAACACUACCUACGCCGGCAUCCUACACACACUGAAAACGACCAGCACUCGAAGGAAUAGAAACACAGAAACCAGUGAUGACAGUUGUUUUGGCUCACAAUUGAUAUCAAUCCCUCCAUACGCAAUCAGUGGGUCACCAUCUUCAAACCAGACGUUGGACCACUUCGUGCAUACAUAG